AGCGCCCUUGAUAGAAGAAGAUGAAUGUUUAUGUUACAGUUGGCUUGCAGUCCCACAUUUGCCGUUGUCGAUGUCAUCAAGAUGAACGCAAAUUUCUCCAAAUAUCCUGCGGAGGACAGGGUGAAGGAGAUGAACAAGCAAGAGGAGAUCCUCCUGAAAAGGAAGAGAGAGAUAGAGAGGCGACUUGGACUCAAGGAAGAGGUCACAGAAGGAGAAACGACAGGCGGUGGCAGCAGCGACAAGGGCAAGAGCCAUUCCAAAGCGGCACCGUCACCCGAGAGCAAAUACAUCAAGAAAGAGGUGCCGGACUCGGUUCCCCCUCCCGUCAAAUCGGAGUCGGACAGGUUGGCAGUCUUGGCAUCAAGGUCAUUUCCAAUGUUGAACAAAUUUAGCAAUGAUGGGAGUUUCUUUGAACAGUUUAAAAAACUGACAGAGAGGCAUAAAAGUUCAGAAGUGGAUUACAGGGGAGAUAGACAUGGUGCUAAUACAACACUGAAGAUUUCGCCAAAGGCAGCAAAGCCUAAUAAAGUUCCUUUACCUAAACAAAGACACCCAGCCUUCUCAGAUGAGGGCCAAGAAACAUCAUAUGUUACAGAGUUCAAAACAGAACCUGACACAACUGAUAACGGAUCAUGCCAUAGUGGGUCGUCAAUGGAAGGAGGACCAGAUGCCAGUCACCCAGACUGGUUUAAAGAGGCCUUAAAAAAAGUGCAAGAGAAAGCUCGACAACUUAACUCCGAAAGCUCUGUUUCUCUCUCAGCUGGUUCCAGUGAUAGUAGUGUCAGUCCAGAUGCAGCAUCCCAGUCCAGGAAGCGGAAGAGCCGAUGGGCGGAAACAGCAGAUCAGGAGUACCCCCCAGCAGCGCCAGUAGCUGUAGCGCCUCAGCCCGUUGUGAACUUGAGCGUUCCUGCCAAUCUGAUGACCAUGGUUGGUGAGGGAGAGCACAUUGAGGCCAUUCGAGGGGUUAUGGUGACUCGAAUAACGAGGAAUUCUCCUGCCAUAUAUGCCUAUGCACACAAGGUCUUUGGAUCAAUAGAUCUUACUGAAGCUCAGUGGAAACAGUGCGAAGAGCAGAUGAAGAUGAACGUGGUCUUCCAGUUACUACAAGCAAAGCAAAAAGAAGCAGACAGACUAGAGCGACAGGGAAAAGUAAAAUAUGAGUACGAUAGCGAUGAAGAUACUGAUGGUGGAACUUGGGAGCAUAAGAGGCGUGCUAAGGAGAUGGCUGAAACUCACAGUAAAGCACAAGAGCUCACACAGAAUGCUGAAGGCAAACACCACAUUGGCGAUUUCCUUCCCCCAGAUGAACUAGCAAGGUUUAUGGAAAAGUAUCGUGCCAUCAAAGAAGGAAGAGACCCUGAUUUGUCGGACUAUCAGGAGCAUAAAUUGACAGAGGACAAUAUUGGCUACAAAAUGCUCAAGAGCAUGGGUUGGACGGAAGGAAUGGGCCUAGGAGCUGAAGGGAAAGGAAUCACAACACCUGUCAAUCAAACUGGUCGCAGUGAAAAUCAAGGGUUGGGUGUGGAGAGGCCUGAUGCCCUCACCGAUAAUGACGAUGAAUAUGAUGCAUAUAGGAAACGCAUGAUGCUUGCAUACAGAUUCAGACCGAAUCCUCUGAAUAAUCCCCGGCGAGCCUAUUACUGACGAUGGAAUCUUAGACAGGUGUUCUAUUUAUAGUUUAGGAUAUGCAGUGAUGAGAUUUAUCAAAACAAGGUGCCAUGGUUUAGGAAAAACCACAGAGGAAGUAGAUUCAGGACAUGUAGCUGGUUUUAACCAGUAUUUUGAUGAGAUAUAUGGAUAUAUAUUUAGGAUCUCAUACUUUAUGGUUAAAUAAUGAUUAAUAUGUUCCUAUAAACAGAGUAAUGGACAGGACUCAGCAGUGCAUCUGAUUAUUUUAAUGAUUUAAUGAUGACUUUUUUGUCAAAGUUCUUUGUCCAUGCCUAUAGGAGAGAGGGUAAUUGUUAUCUCUAUGGUAUUAACUUCAGUUCUGUGUAAUCUCACAAGUCAUUAUUGAGUAUCUUUUUCAAUAUGAAUUUUUCACUCAGGUGGUAUUCAAUGCUUUGUGUGUUUGGCCAUAAAUGAUUUUAUGAAUGGGUUGGAAAAAGAUGAAAUGUCAGUUUUUUAAUAGUAUCAUUUUCACCUGUGGGCAUUUCAUGUAAAAAUCUGUAAGGCAAGAAGUAAAUUUCUGCUUUGGACCAUUGGUUUAGAAAGAUGUGAAAGGUCUAAGUAUUGUAAGUAGACUUGCAAUAUCCAAACUGAAAUGGUUUUUUGUAUUCUACAAAAUACAAUGAGUUUUUAAAAAAUCCUUUCAAUUCUUUGUCACAUUUUUUUAUUGGCUGUUGUAUUAGAGGAUUUUUCCAUGAGGAUUGACCUUGUUCGAAUGUGUCUUAAUGUGAUUGGUGAUAAACUUCUUUUUAGGGAAUAUUUGUACAGUACUCCAAAAUGUUGUUACCAUUAGAAUUUUUUGUUCUUUCGGCAUUUGUAAUUCUGUUGAUUAACUUGAUUGUAAAAAUAUACAAUGAAAGGCUGUAAAAAUAUACAAUGAAAAUAAUUUGUAACAUUUUUGAAAGUUGUAAAAAUAUACAGUGACAGUAAUUUAUUGUGACAUUUUUGAAGGCUGUAAAAGUAUACAGUUACUUUGUUUUGACAUUUUUGCAAACCUGUCAGUAAAUGACAGUUUUUCACUAUAUGCUUUGUUUUAAAAGUGUUUUAGGAGGAGAAAAGAGACGAUCAAAUUGAAUUCUGGUGUUCUAACAUUCAGCAUACAUUCAGAAGGAAAUUUAGACCAGUAGUCAGUCAAAUUUUUUAAAAGGAAGUGUUUUGACUGAUGAAAAAGUUAAAAUUUUAGAAAUGCAAAUCGAUUCAUUUUCAACAUUAAAUUGAAUAGCAGCAUCAGAUUUGCUUUCAUUCAUGUAAAUAACAGUGAAGCAGAUGGGUUUUCAAAGGCACAGAAAAGUAAAGCACAAUGAGUUGUACUAUAUAGUUAUCAAAUAAAGGCAGCUAAAUGGUAAUCCAUAGAAAUGCACCAUUGAAAGAUUACAUAAUCUAGAUACAUAGUAGUAGCUGUGUAUACCUAGUUUUGACAAAGAUUCCAUUACACAAUGAAAUGACAAAAGAAAAGUUCUGAUGGUGCUAUUGACUAUUGAGGAUGGCACAAGUUUGUCAUUCUUUGGGGUUUAUUUGCUAAUCAUUUUCAGUGUACUCUUUUUAACAAAUAACCAGACUGCAUCUUUGAUUUCGUACAGAGACAGAACUCAUUUAGAUGACUACUUAAUAUGUACGCAUCGAAUAGUUUUGACCGAAUAUUGGAUUCUGUGUUCCAUUUUAUGUUUGCCAUGUCAUAAAUUUUCUAGUAUUGGUGUGAUUUCAGGGUGCUUUGCAAUUAAUAUAUUAGCUAACAUACAGUUUUAGGAGCACCUUGUAUUGAAGAUUUUUUUUUUUUUUUUUUUUUUUUUUUUUUUUUUUUUUUACUUUUUUGUUCAUUACAUAAAAAUAAUUAAAAAUUGUAGUUUCCACAGCUUGUUCUUUUGUUGAUCUUUAUCUCAGGUACCUAGUAGUAUUAACUGCUUCAACAUUUAGAUUAUUCAUGAUAGUAAAAAUAGAAUAUGUACUAAUGGGUUAUUCUUUCAAAGGAUUUGUUUUAUAUUGCUUAAGACCAUUGUCUAAUAAGAAGGCAAGUUGUUACUUGUAUGAAAAAUAAUUUCGAAGAUUUUUGCACCAUUUCUGAACCUUCAAAGGUGAGCAAGUUUUGUAAACAAGUUUCAUAUAAUGCAUUUGGUGUAUGUAAACAUCUUGAUAUUUGAUGCCACCAGUUGCCUUUUCACUCUUAUUCCUGCUCUGUACCUUUUUCAUCACCAUGUGAAAAAUCCCCAUGAGAAUGAGCAUUUAAACUGUUGAUCUUAGUUUAAAGGAAGAAAUUUUAGAACUUUUUAAGUUUGACCCUUAUUAAAUUCAUAGAUUGGGGUCAUAUUCCUGUGAUGAGGUGUGGUUCAGAUUUCAUGUAGAAAGUAGAAUGGCCCACUGUUCCAUUUGAUCAUAGAUCUGUAAACAUUGUCUCCUUAUGAAAUUGAGGUAAAAAGUGUUUGCGAAGUCCAGUCAUGUGCUGUAAUAUAGUCUGGAAACAGUUGAGCCUCAAUUUGAAAUGUAUAAAUUUUAGUAUAAAAGUGAGGUAUAUAAACAAGAUCUAUGGAGAAAUUUAUCCUUGAAUGUCAGAAACAUCUGCAAGUUUGUGUAGGAUAUUGUCAUGUUGUGCCUAAGCAGCAAGUGCUUAUACCUUUAGUGAUUUUGUACAUUGCAUGUACAUUUUUCAACAUUGUUGAGUAGUUUUCAUUGAAGAAGCAGUUGCCAAGGAUACAAAAAAAUAGUGUGAGUGGAUAUGUACAAUGGCAAGUGUUGAUCAUUUUUUGGUAGAGUAUUUUUAGGUGAGAAUUUAAGCUAAAGUCACCUUCUAAAUUAAUAGUAAUGUCCUCUAGUGGGGUCUCUUUAGCUUGAAUGCACAUGCUGACAGAUACAUAGCCAUGUUAUUAUUUAUUGUCGAUCUUUUAUGUGCAUUUCAUCAUCAGAGAAGUUUAAUGGUACGGAACUUGAGCUAAGCAAUUGGCUGAAAUUUUAUUAGCCAUUGGGAAACCCAUGUACGUAAUUUUGGAUUGAAAUAGCACUUUGUCCCAGAAACAUUUUUUGUUUGUCAUAGAAUUAGAUAUCUUGUAUAUCCUUAGCACCUAAAAAAAAAAAAAGCUUAAUUAAAUAUUCAGAAGUAUUGAAUAGGUUUUGUCCAGUGAACCCUCUUAAUUUCAGAUUGAAACCAACUCCAUUGCAGAACCAGUCUUCGUCAGUCAUAAAAUUAGAUACAGGUAUCUAAAUAUUACUGAAUAUUCAGAAGUGUUAAAUAGGUUUUGUCCAGUAACUCUUCUUGCAGGAUUUUUAUUUCAGGAUUCUGAUUCUAGAAUGAACUCUUCCAGCUCAGAUGCACACCUUAGUAUUUAGGUUACCAAACUAAUUUUCAGUGUCCUAAUGAUAUAUUUCAGGUAUAUGAUUUUUUUUACAUGAAUUUCUACAUUUAAGUUACACAAAAGAUGUCUUAUUCAACUAUAAGACCUACCAACUAGAAGUGUAUUUUAGAGCAGGAAUCAGUAUGUUUUCUUUGUUUUGUUUUGACAAAAUUUCUCGUGUGUAUGUUUUAAAAUGCAGCAUUUAGCUCCAGAUAUUUUGAGUGGCGAGUUUGAUAACCAGGGAAUUGCAGACAGACAGGUGAAAAGUGGAGUAUUUGCUAGCUGUUUUGUGUGUAUUUAUCAGUGUAUGAAACACUGUGGAAGUGCGCUUAUUAUACACAAAUUACAAAACCAUAUACUUGUAACAUGAAAAUAAAUAUUUGUAUAAUG